CAUGUCACCUGGGCAGGAGCAGCAAUUCCAGGACUGUGCCGAGGUGCGCCGGGCGGGCAUCCAUGCCAGUGGCAUCUACACCCUGCACAUUGCCAACCUCAGUGAGCCCAAAAAGGCAUACUGUGACAUGGAGACAGAUCGAGGGGGCUGGACCAUCAUCCAGCUUCGUGCCAACGGCAGCCUCAGCUUCCAGAGGAGCUGGAGGGAGUACAAGCAGGGCUUUGGGGACGCGUCGGGGGAAUACUGGCUGGGGAACGAGGCCGUGCACCUGCUGACGAGCCGGGUGCCCUACGCCCUGCGGGUCGAGCUGCAGGACUGGGAGGGCGGCCAGGUGUAUGCCCACUACAGGAAAUUCCAGCUGGGGAGUGAGCGGCAGUUUUACAGGUAGGGGAGAGGCGCUGUGGGAACAGCCACCCAGUGCUCCCCAUUUCUGACUGUCCCCAAGCCCUGUGGGCAGCAGUGGCCAGGGGGAAGGGCUGGGUGUGGUGCCCUAGGGAGGUGCAGGCUUACCUGGGGCUUCACUGGGUUGUCCUGGUGUAGUUAUGAUGCCAGGUGACAGGCACGUUGCUGUGACACUUUCAUCUCUCCCUGGGCUCCUGAGUAGAUUUUUCAUGUAUAAAAUUGCUUCAAGGCAGUAGGAUUUGCCAUCCCAGUGGGAGGAACUUGGGUGUUUGCACUGAGGCUCUUUGUUUGGGCAUGAGAGGUGACACAGCUGUGGCCAAUCCCAGGGAUGUUGGGCAUCCCCAGGCUGUCCAUGUCCAGGGAGAGAUGCUGUGCUCCUAAUGCUCAGCUUGCCAUGACCAUGUGUUCCUGGCCAUGGGCAGGAGGGUGGAAAGCAGCUGGGGGCCUUCACUGCUGGGCUGGAGGUGGAACCAGACCCCAGACAUCCCCUGCACCAUCCAUCCCAUGCAUGCAUCGAGCUGACUCCCAGCAAGAGGACUGGAGAGGCCUUGGGGGUGGAUCCUCUCUGCCCCAGCAUACCACAACCUCCACUCCUGGGGACAAAGGACAGGAGGCCAAGCUGUAACUGCAGGAUCUCUGCCCACAUCCCUGUGUUCAGCUCAUGGCAGCCCCUGAGCA